UCAUUACUCGUUGUCUUCAACGUUGUACUCGAACUCACGCUUCUCUGCUUGUGUACUCACCCUUUUAAACCAUAUUUAAGCUGGAUACUGAUAACUGAGGCCGAAUUCACAAUAUAGUGUGACAUCUAACGACAGGCUAGCUUCAACACGAGCUACCAUAAUGUCUGUUCCUUCCACACCGCGAAGGCAUGCCACAAUCGACGCUCCAACACCUUCGGCUACACCUCAGACGACACGACUUACUUCCUCAAUUCUCCAAUCAUCCCCCCACUACACGACCACUAGACGACAUUCACUCUACGGAACUGAGGAUCGAAUAAUUAUUGAUCCUGGUUCACGCGUCUGGAAAGUGGGGUUUAGUGGUGAAGGGAAGCCCAGAGAUGUCUUUUUAUCUAGGCGCAAGGAAAGCGGAACUCUUUGGUCACUAAAUCGUGCAACCACCACUGAAGAGAGGGAGGAAGAGGACAGGCUACUUGAAGCUAGGCUGCAGAUAUGCCUGAGAUCCGUUUUCCACGACUCGCUUUUGACUGAUCCCAAGUCUCGUAAAGUGAUUAUCAUUGAACACCCUCUUCUACCUUUACAUAUCAAGGAGAUGAUGGCGAAGAUAUUGUUCAAUAACCUUCAGGUGCCUUCAAUAUCAUUUGCGUCUAGUCACCUUCUAUCAUUACUGGCAGCUGGCCGUAUUACUGGCCUUGUGCUUGACUGUGGUCAUCUAGAGACCACCGUUCUACCUAUCUAUGCCGCACGGCCUCUAUAUCCUCAAUUGCAAACCACCCCUCUAGCCGGCGCGAGAUUCUCUUCCCAUCUACGUGCUCUCCUACUGCUUUUCGGCACCUAUCUUCCACCGCCAACAUCCCUGAGCGCCGCAGCAAAUAUACCAGUCGCCACGCGCUCCACUCGUGUUCCUGAAGAAGUUCUGACAGAAGCGGUCAUUGAAGAGCUCAAAACACGUAUCUGCUUCGUCGGCGAGGCACUGGACAUGUCCGACUCUAACAUGCAAUCACCACCUGCUGACGAUUCCAUGGAAAUGGAUGCGCCUCCAUCGGACUUUGCGAUGUCCGAAUCCGACUUUUCUCGCGUAUCCGCCGAUCUGCAGAGUAACAUGUCUUCUCAGCAAGCACCCGAAUCGGAUUACUCAGUUGUUUCGCAUUCCCAAGCCAUAUCCAACUUGGACCGCCCGCAACCUGGCGAAACUCAUCUUCAGGCGCUAGCUAAGUUGUACAUGCGACAUUCUACUGCCACAGACCUCAGAAUACGAGUUGAACCACCGGCGUCACAGCAAGUAGGCACUGGGCGCGGGACGUUAAUAGUUCCUGGGUGGAUUCGAGAAAGGGCCGCGGAGGUACUAUUCGAAGGCGGUGAUGUUGAUGAAAGUAGCGUCGCGGAGGUUGUUCUAGAAUCUCUGCUCAAGGCACCGGUAGAUCUCCGGAAAACCCUGGCUUCCAGUAUACUGGUAACAGGAGGCACUCCAAUGCUUCCAGGCUUCAUUCCCCGUUUACAAACGGAGCUCUUGCGCGCUGUUUCUCCGAAUCCGAACAACCCGUCAUCAUCGUGGUCACCUAAUAGACGAGCAUCGAGACCGAUGUCGUAUGAACGAUAUUCUGCAUUACGUUCGUUGGUGCCGUAUUUCGCGAUUCUGAAUCAUCCGUCUCCUCCACCUCCUGCUACGCCGAGAGCGGCAGCCUCUGCGGGAAAGGCACCCGCUUUCUCGCCUGCUGCGUUGGCCUGGGUAGGCGGGUCUCUGGCAGGGUACGUGCACUUAGCGUUUCCUUCGUUACGAAAGCGAGUGACGUUUAACCUUAUCGUUCUCAGUGCACUCAAGUCUGGUGGCGUGGAGAUUACCCGAGAAAAGUGGGACGAAGCCGAGGCGCAUACGAAUCCAGACGAGAGCAUGGAGCAACCCAUGGACCCCAACGCGCACACGACGUAUAACCUUCUCCCAGAUUGGACCAGGACACCACUGCCAGUUGGAGCACCGCCGGCAGUCAUUCGUUCUCAGCCAGCCAUCGCACCAGCUUCCCCUCAGACAACGGUCGGAGCAUGAUUCGAUUCUGUAUUGUUCUACACAUUUCAUCUCGCACACCUGCAACUCAAGAGUAUUGUACACAUAGAAAUGUCUAAUGAUAUAUCCCACUACUUUUGUAACAUUAAAUUAUGGACAAAACAGUCCAGCAUUCACACGAGGGAACGCAAAACAAGGAUCACAAGAUGGACGCCAGGUGAAAGCGAAGAAAUACAACAUGAUGACUCGAGAACACGAAGAACUAGUAUUACAAAGAGAUGGGAGCAGAAGUCAUGAAGAUCGUCAAGGAAUUGAAGGAGGGAAGACGAAGACGAAAGUGUCUAAUGAAUAAUGCGAAGGGUUAGCUUGCUAGAGCAAGUAGAUAUGAGUUCUUGCCAUUCG